GAUUCCAAAAGAAACCGAACAGCUUAUACCAGACAUCAAGUUCUCGAAUUAGAAAAGGAAUUCCAUUUUAAUCGUUAUUUGACCAGAAGACGCCGAAUAGAGAUUGCACACACCUUAUGUCUGUCAGAGAGACAAAUUAAAAUCUGGUUUCAAAAUCGCAGAAUGAAAUGGAAAAAAGAACAUAAAUUACCGAACACUAAGAGUCGAAUGCUAGAAACGGGGUUAGAUGAUGACGAUAUGAGUCCGACAGAUCUGACAGUUAUUUAA